AUGUCGAUCAAGCUUCGGGAGCUCAUUCGGAGCAUCCGCGCCUGCAAGACUGCCGCGGAAGAGCGUGCCGUUGUCGCACGGGAGUGUGCGUUGAUUCGAACGGCCUUCAAAGAGGAUGACAAUCAGUUCAGGCACCGAAACGUGGCAAAAUUGCUUUUCAUUCACAUGAUGGGAUAUCCAACACACUUUGGGCAGAUGGAGUGUCUGAAGUUGAUUGCAUCAAGCAAGUUUCCAGAGAAACGAGUGGGCUACCUUGGUCUCACGCAGCUCUUGGAUGAAAACACGGAAGUUCUCAUGUUGGUGACAAAUUCCAUCAAGAAUGACAUGUCCAACGACAACCAGUAUGUCAACGGCCUGGCUUUGUGCGCUCUGGGGAACAUUGGAAGCAAUGAGAUGUGCCGAGCCUUAGCCCGGGAAGUGGAAAACAUGAUGGCAUCUCCGAAUCCCUACAUCAGGAAAAAGGCGGCCCUGUGUGCUAUGCGGAUUGUGCGCAAAGUAGAUGAAAUUGAGGACAAAUUCAAUAGCAAGAUUGGAAAUCUUUUAGAGGAUCGCAACCACGGAGUGCUACUUGCAGGCUGCUCAUUGUUGACUGCCCUGUUGGAAGUGAACCCCUCCUAUAUGAAGGAGUUCCGGCGCUAUGUGCCCUCUCUUGUCAGGGCAUUGAGAAAUAUGGUCACUUCCGGCUACACUAAUGCAGCGGAAUAUGACAUAGCGGGUAUUACUGAUCCGUUCCUGCAAGCAAAGAUUCUACGUUUGCUCCGCCUUUUUGGUGAACGCAGUGCAGAUGCGACUGAUGAGAUGAAUGAUAUUUUGGCACAGGUUGCUACCAACACGGAGGGUACCAAGAACACCGGGAACGCCAUUCUGUACGAGUGUGUGCUUACCAUCAUGUCCAUUGAGGCUGAGAGCGGGCUACGGGUGCUUGGAAUCAACAUUCUGGGGCGCUUCCUGCUUAGCCGGGACAACAACAUUCGCUAUGUUGCGCUUGCAACUCUGCAACGAGUGGUCAACGUAGACCAACAGGUCAUGCAGCGCCACCGAAAUACAAUCAUUGAUUGCCUCAAGGACGCGGAUAUCUCCAUCCGAAAGCGCGCUUUGGACGUCACCUACUCUUUGGUGGAUGAAGCCAAUAUCAAGAGUAUGACGAAGGAGUUGUUGAACUAUCUCCUUGUGGCAGAACCUGAUUUCAAAGAAGAGUUGUGUAGCAAGAUUUGCAUGGCUGUGGAGAAGUUCUCUCCAAAUCGCCGUUGGCAAAUUGACACCUUGAUCAAAGUCAUGUGUCUUGGUGGAAACUUUGUGAAGGAGCAACAACGUGAAAAGUUUUGCAGAGUGGUGGCUGCGACUCCUGAGUUGCACUCCUAUACUGUGAUAAAGUUGUACUUCAACAUGAAGGAAAGCUUGAGCCAAGAGGCUCUGGUUCAUGUUGGAGUUUGGUGCUUGGGAGAGUUUGGCGACCACUUGGUCUCAGGAAAGGCCGUGGGGCCUGACAGUCAACCCAUCCAUGUAACUCCAGGAGAUGUGCUUGACCUCCUUUACGAUGUUGUGAGGAAACCUCCCACGGGUGAAAAGGCUCCUGCCACUCAUUGCUUAGUGACGGCGGCCCUCAUCAAACUAGUUACAAGAUGCCCCAGUGAGUUCGAGAAGAUCAGGAAGUUGCUCCGGAGAUUUGAUUGCAGCCUCCAUGUGGACCUACAGCAACGCUCCUGUGAGUUCCUGGAGUUGCUGGGCUCAGACUGGGAUUCCCACCGAGCUGGGAUUCUCGACCGCAUGCCAGUGCCUGAGAAGGAGAUUGGUGGAGCCGAGACUCGUGUUGUGGGUGAUGCCUCAAUUGAUGAAGUGCCUACCAACACAUCCAAGGGUAAGCCUGGGAAAAGUGACCUGUUGGAUCUCAAUGACCUGCUUGAUGCUCCUCGUGAACAGCAAGCUCCAGCAAACCAAGCACCGCCACCAUCAUCUGGUGGCGACUUGCUGGAUUUGUUGGAUGCUGCACCUGCAGCGAAUCCACCAGCUCCUCAAGCAACUCCAGAAGGAUUUCUAGACAUUUUCAGUGGGACUCCUGCAGCUUCGCAAGAAGCACCACCAAUGGUUGCCUUUGAGAAGAACGGACUGAAAGUGACAUUCUUUCCAAGAAAGGAAGCAGAUGGCUCAGUGACAGUCUUGGCAAGGUUCGCCAACACUCUUAGCGUGCCCAUGACGAACUUUGUUUUCGAAGCAGCUGUUCCCAAAUAUGUCACACUAUCCAUACAGCCGGCGACUGGCCAGGUGCUUCCUCCACAAACGGACCUGGUCACUCAAACCAUGAGUUGCGUGAAUUCUACCAAUGGCGAGAAAGGCUUGCUGAUGAAGCUGAGGAUUGGCUAUGUUUGCAAUGGCGCUCCGGUUCAGGAAAUGGGUCAAGUCGGAGGUUUUCCACCUGGCUUUUGA